AUGCGUGUUUUACUCUUCGCCACUGGCCUUUCCGCGGCCAUUGUAGUUGUCCAAGCCGGCUCUUCGGGGCUAACACCUAUCGAUACAGAUACGACUACUUCCCACUCAGAUGCUGUCUCGACCAUUGAAUCAUCGGCCACUUCAGCUUCUGCCACCCUCACUGAAACCCUUGGUCUCUCCACGACUGAGACUGUCAGCCUCGAGUCCACUGAAACCUCGGCACCUGGUACUACGCUGGCCACAACCACGACUGAAGUUCUUCCUACUUCGGUCACCGAAGAACCAACAACUACAACCACUGAAGGAGUCUCGGCUACCAUUUCCUCAUCUACAGCCCCAUCUGCAACGCCUGGCUCCAUUGUCGGUACUGGACCAGUCGCUGGCCUUGCUCUACAAGGCGACUCUACACGCUUUAUCCCUCUAUCAUUCGAACAAUCCGGGUCAACACAAACCUUAAUAUUUACUCUCCUCCCCAAUGGACAGCUCUUUACAGGCAGCAAUAACAACUACCUAUGCUUGAACUACAAGGAUGUAGGCGUUCUUAGCCCACUUGUUAUAUGCCCAUUUGAUAACUUCUCAUCGGCUCCUCUUACCUGCUUGCCAUCAUCUGAUGACACGCUUGCUUGUAGUGCACCCAAUGGAUCUUGCGAUUCGUCAGGAACAUGCAGAAGACCUAACAGUGGCACCCGAUUCUCUCAAUUUUAUGUCAAUGAUGCUCAGAAAGGCUUUUUCGGCCCUGCCUCGGGAGACUUUGCUGGCUAUACUGCAAUCAACCCAGUUCUCGCUCGUUAG